AUGUGCGACACUUGGACCAAGGGUCGCAAUGUGAUCAUUGAGCAGGCGUACGGUGGACCAAAAAUCACCAAGGGUGCGUGUUCCGUGGUUCUGGGAGAGGCAGCUUGUUUGCUGACGAGGGUCUGGUUGUUGGUAGACGGUGUGACGGUUGCAAAGUCUAUAACUCUCAAAGACAAGUUUGAGAACCUGGGCGCUCGCCUGAUUCAAGAUGUUGCAUUGAAAACAAACAAGAUUGCUGGAGACGGCACGACAACCGCCACUGUUCUUGCGCGUGCCAUCUACUCAGAAGGUGUCAAGAACGUCGCAGCUGGAUGCAACCCCAUGGACCUGCGCCGUGGGUCUCAGGCCGCCGUUGACCGCGUUGUCUUUUUCCUCUUUGCACACGCCAAAACUAUCACAACAACUGCCGAAAUCGCACCGUCGGUGUGCUGCCCAAUGGGCUACGGCAGCGCAGACAAGUUCUUCUGGGGCUACAACGCCGCCAAGGGCGAGUACGUCGAGAUGGUGUGCGAGGGUAUCGUUGACCCCUUGAAAGUCGUGCGCACGGUGUUGGUGGAUGCAAGCGGCGUAGCCAGCUUGCUGUUCAUGAGCGAGGCGUGCGUCGUCAAUUCUCCCAAGGAGGAGAAGGCGGGUGCUGGAGGUAUGGGUAGUAUGGGCGGCAUGGGUGGUAUGGGUGGCAUGGAUGGAUUUUAG